GAGCUGUGCAAUAAAAGGGACUACGAGAUCAGCGCCUCCAGGGAAGCGCUCGAGAAAGCUCUACUAACUCUACUCUAUGGAAUUGAUCCUGUCAUACUCUCAAGUACCAUACCAAAUGCUGAUGUUUCCAAGUACAAGCUGAUUAGAGAGGAGGUGCAAGCCAAAAAUGAGAAAUAUAGGGCCAAAAUGAAGGAAGUAUGUGAAGUGAACGGUGGGAGGAAGGGCGUUCGUGAAUUACCAAGGCAGAAGGCCCGAGGAUAUCCCAAAUUGACUACAGACCGGGACGGCCGUAUAGCGUAUUGCAAGCUGACGAAACCUCAGAUCACUAAAAUAGGCAGUGGCGAGGAUGCAAUCAAGGUUCGGUAUGACUUACUUCUCAAGUGCCCAGAUGAAAUCCUAAUGAGCAAACGACAACCAAACGCCCAGUUUCAAUGUCGAGGCCAGGACUUUCCACCGUUUGAAGGAGGGCCAAGCUUCUCACUUGCGAAGUGCUGCCCGUCGAUGAUGCUAAAUCAAUCACAGCAUUGUCCAUCCGGCGAGGACCAUGCCGAUUUAUUUGGUGUGGAAGCGACCCGCGUCUUCACAAUUUAG